GUUUCUGAAGAUGACGUAGUGAGGAGUAAAACCAGAAGUUUGUGAAGAAGAAAAGUUUUGUUGAAUGUGGGUGUCCUGGAGGCUGAACGGCAGUGUUGCUCCCCAUCUUCAGCAGCAAUGUUGUCUUCCCUCUGCCUGAGCUGGAUUCUUCUGCUCCUGUUUGCAGGCCCCACAAUAUCAGAAUCACUUGUGAAGGGAAAGGUUGGUCAGAAUAUCACCGUGCCCUGCUCUUACAGUGUGAAGGGGAAACAGGACCUCACAUCAAUGUGCUGGGGUCGUGGCAGCUGCCCUUCUUCAAAAUGUGAUCGGACCAUUAUCUGGACAGAUGGUUGGAAGGUGACUCACCAGUACAACAGCAGGUAUAUGUUGAAAGGGAACCUGGAGAGGGGCAAUGUGUCCCUCACAAUCGUGAAUGCUGAGGAAGGAGACAGCGGGAUAUAUUGCUGCCGUGUGGAGAUCCCGGGGCUGUUCAAUGAUCUGAUGACAAAUCACAAGGUUGUGAUAGAGAAAGCUAGAAUCUCUACUGCAAGUCCUCACACUUACACCUCUGAACAGACCUCAGCUCCUGGGAGCACCAGCAAAUCAUCUUUUACCAUCGCAAGAACAUGGCCAUCGGUUUCUGCCUCAGAAGUUCCUCAGACUGCCUCUGGUCCCUGCUCAAGCACCUCAAGCUGCUGGGAUGUAACCUCAAACCUGCAGAACACGUCUGUAUCACUUACCAGUCAGCAAUAUUCAGAAAAUGGGCUGUACAUUGGGAUUGGUUUGUGUGUGGUACUUCUAGCCAUCCUUAUUUUGAUUCUGUUGCUCAGUAGAAAAUAUCUAUACAACAUGAAGAAGACAGGUAACUUUGCCAACUUCGUUGCGUUUUGGAGGCCAACAGGUGCAGGGAACCGUAGUGCCCUGGAAAAUGAGAUCCAUGCAGAGGAAAACGUUUAUAUUGUACACUAAGGACUAUAUGCAUGCUUGCCUUCGUCAUCGCUGGGACAUUAAAUAGUUUGCAAAAUGUUGGCUGCUCCCCCUGCUCAGCAGCUAAACGUGACUGGACUACUGAAGCAUUAUUCACUUUAUACUAACAAAUAAAAGAUACACUUCUAAUUAAAACUUUAUCGGCCCAUUCCAGAAAUGGAAACCUUACUGGCUUGAAUGAAAACUUCCAGAGCCCACUUAUCAAACCCUAAGGAAAGCUAUCAUUAUAUUUAUUAUCUGCUUCAAAUUCUCUAUUACUUUUUUUUUUUUAAAAAAAGAGGAAGUGCCAGAAUGUCUACUCAAUCACAAGAGGAAAACCACACAUUUUUAAAAAAAGUUGUCUUCACUGGGUAUUGUAUCUGUCAGAUACAAAAGAGUUUGUGCCAUCAGAGGGUAGAAGCAAUCUCGUGGCUGCUGUGACAAAGAUGACACAUGGAAAAAAUUUGGUGUUAUUGGUAUUUCAAUACCCAUUUAGUUGCAUUUUCACUAACGUCAGGUAUAACCCAAGCCUGGUAACAGCUCAGUAAGGCAAUGUACUAAUUCCUGUCCACCCACAGUUAAAUCUGGAGGAGUUAUUGAUGCUCACCCCCUCAUGGAAUGUCCUUGGACCCUACAGGAUCAGUACUUUCCUGUACAGAAUAGUCACAGCUUGUUUUCCGGGAACUAUGACUAAGUGUGUUUUCCUCUGCAAAAUACGUAGCUUUUUCUGUGGCUUUCCUCUCAGGCCUGUCUAUACCCUAGGAAGUCCUCAGGGUGAAAAGACUCACUUCCAGGUCUCUAAAACAACGGCACAAAAAUAGCUAUUUUGCAAAGUUAAUUCAAUUCUUACUUAGCUCAUGGAGAAGUCAAGGGCAUUACACAAAUAGUGGCUGAAUGUUAGCCCUACCUUUGCACCCUUUGAGAUACACAACGACUCUGUUCUAUGCUGGAUUUCUUUGAUGGCUUUUAGCUCAUAAAUGGGGUGUCUCUGCAGCCUAGUGCCUUUCCCCUGUUGCUCCUCAGCUGGACAUGGCUCACUCCUUUUAUUCUCUGAAGCACUGAACUUUGGUUUUACUUAAAAUAAAUAAAUUAAGGCAGCCUCAUGAGGAUGAAUCAACACUAUUCAUUGUUGAGAAAUAGGCCUGACACACCCAAAUCAGCUUUGAGUGGAAGAUUAAAUUUCCCUAAUCUUUUUAAGAACAUAUUUUUAAACAGAGGCAGAGGAGUUCCUGAAAGAGCAGAAGAGCAGUAUGAGCAGGAGGAAGACAAACCCUUGCCAAAUAUUUAUCAGUACAAAUUUUGCCCUGAAGCUCAUCCCAAGCAGAAAUGUGGAAUACCUGAAGCAGACAUUGCUGCCACAGGGAAUACUUGCAGAUUUACUGCAAACUUUCUGUCAUUGAGUUCAUAAUUUUCAAGGGAGUCACGUGAAGAACAAAGCUGUAUUAUCCAAUGAGGCACAGAGGAGCAAGAAUAAAAUCAGCAGCUAUUUAUGUUAACAGCUGAGACACUUGGGGCCAUGCUCUGGUUGUUCUUUAAGGGGAGCGGGGUUCAGUAGAGCAGUUAGCCAUUCCUCCCCCAGCUGGUGGAGAUGGGAGGGCUUGAGCUGGCUGGGAGGGGAGCAAUUUCCCCCAGGAGUCCUGGAGAGCCUGGCCAAGGUGAGAUGCUGCAGGUGGACAUGCUUGCAAAGACUCCUGAUGGAGGGAAAACUUCCUCAUCCUGUUGCAGAAGGAAGAAAUGGAAAUGAAGUUGGUCUAGGUGACCCUGGUGUGGUUUUUAUUUUCACUUCUGCUUUAUUCUGGGGCUGGCUGUUCCAGCAGGCUUAAAAGGUUGGAAACAUGGAGGUGAAUUUGCCAUUGACUGAAAAGCUCAAGGUGGGAGCACAGACACUAGAUGAUUACUGAUCCCUGGGCCGGGAGAAGUGAUGGAGGAACCCAGCUCUGCCAUUAUGUGUCUUCAUGUCACAUGUUGCUUUGUGUAAGAAAGUACCAGAACUAGAAAGGACCUCCUGGUGUUGGAGUAUAUUUUUGUAUUUAACUAUGAGUAACAAUUACUAAAGUAAAGUUGCUGACCUCUCUAGCCCAGGACUGGAGCUGAAGAAAGUCUGAUCUGGUCUCUGAACUAGAGCUCAGAAAACAUCUUCAGGAAUUUCUGCUUUCUGCAACUUCUAACAAAUCAAGCUCUAGUAGGAUCAGAGAUAGACAAGUGUGAGGUUUCCAAAAUCAUCUGAUUCCAACUACUAAUGCUCUUAAAGAGUUUGAGGACCAUACUUAAGAUUGCUAAUCAUGCAAACUGCUUGCCCAUACCUAUUUGUUUUUAGUAUUACAGACUAAUUCAAACUAAUUCUUAUAUCAGUGAGUUUUCCACAGAAAAUAAAGUUCAAGAA